AUGCCACGAUCCAGUAGUAGUGAAGAUUCAGAACAUCUACAAGACCCAGACUUUCUCAGCAAUUCUGCAUCAUUGUUCAAUCUUCGAGAUCUUCGUGCAUUGAAAGCAAGUUUCUGCUCUACGGAUGCGAACGAUGUUAUUCCUAGGAGAACUGUCAGCAUUCCAGAAGAGUACAUUCUCCCGAAUAUCGACCGUGUUUUGCUCGGAAGGGAAGACCUAGAUAUUAGCCAAUUGAGUCAAAAUAAUCAAGUUAAAACAUUCAUCAACAAAUUGCACAAAGUUGUCAGGAACGCGAGACUUGAUAUAGGAACGAGUGAGGCUUUAACUGAUACAUUGGUGGCUCAUUUAAUAUUUCUUGUUAUCGACUUUAAUCAAUGGCCCUUGGAGGUUAAAUUACAUCCAACAUUCAAAUUUUCCGUUGGCCGUGCAGAUUUGUCAGCAAAAGCCGAAUUUGUAAUUGAUCAUAAAAACUAUUCUAUAUUGGUCGUUGAGGAUAAACAUCUGGCUAACGUUAAGCCAAGCAAUAACUAUGGGGAACCGCAAAUAUUUGCUGAAAUGCUUGCCUGCGGUGAAGAAAAUACACGUCAAGCUAAUAUGACUUAUGAUGUGACUAUAUUUGUAGUUCGUGUAAUUUCCACUUACGUUACGUUUUAUCGUUCUGUGAUUCAUAAAGAAUAUUGGGAUGAACUUGGUAUAGGUUGCCCACGACAGCAAUCAAUUGAAAUCUUUAGAUGGCCAGGGAAUAGUAGUGUUCCAUUUGUUGGUUUUGAUCUUGCAGAACCGUAUGGAAGAAGAAAUGUGUUAGAAGCGUUAUGCAAGAUUCGUCAAUUCGUCUUAGAGUUAUAA